CGCUGCUCCUUUAAUGGGCCGCAGGCCUCGGGCCUAGAUUUUCGGUCGCCCCGGCUCCCAGGUCCCUCCGGCCGGCCAGCAACAGCCAGCAAAAGCCAGCCAUGCCGCUAGUGCUGCUGUGCGGGCUGCCGUGUAGCGGCAAGAGCCACAGGGCGGCGGAACUGGGCCGCUACUUGCGGGAGGAGGCGGGCAAGAAGGUGGUGGAGGUGGCGGAGCAGAGCCUGGAGAUGGAGCGGAACCUGGUGUAUGCGGAUUCUCACAAAGAGAAAGAGCUUCGGGGAGUAUUGAAAGCUGAAGUUGAAAGAAAAAUCAAUAAAGAAGAUGUUGUGAUUAUGGAUUCUCUAAAUUACAUCAAAGGUUACAGAUAUGAACUGUUCUGCUUGAUAAAGCACACACAGACUCCACACUGCUUGAUUCACUGUGAGACUGCGGUUGAUGUCUGUUCAUCGUGGAACCGGAGCAGGGAGCCGGAGCAACAAUAUUCCCAGGAAAUCUUUGAUGAGCUGGUGAUGAGGUUUGAGGCUCCCGAUGCGAGGAACCGAUGGGACAGCCCACUGUUCACCAUUCAGAAAGACGAUACGCUCCCAUUCCAGGCGAUAAACGACGCCAUCUUCCACAGGAAGGCACCGCCACCCAACCAGUCAACGCUGAACCAACCACUUUCCUCUACAAACUUCUUGUAUGAGUUGGACAGAGUUACACAGGAAAUGCUGAUGGCAAUAUUAAACGCACAGAAGACAAGCGUACCGGGAGACCAGAUUACCGUACCGGGAACCAAGGUGAAGAUAGAGCUGACCCGUAUCCUCCACAUGGCCGAACUGAGAAAGCUGAGGCGCCAGUUUAUCAGCUACACCAAGAUGCACCCCACGGAAAACAUUGGAGAAAUUUCCAACAUGUUUGUGCAAUAUAUCAACCGCAGUCUACAUUGACGAGCGAUUCAAAGCUGCAAAUUGCCACUUGGAUUAAAAAAAUUUUUUAAAUAUUUUCAGACUUU